UGAAUAAUGAGUAGCCCCCAACAACCCCUAUCCGGCAGCUAAACUUCACAGGGCCCCCCUUCUUACAUCCUAUGUAACCGUGUCUCUGUGUGCAUCCCGUCAUUUCUUUUAGUUUCUCCAACUCAUUCCCAGAUUACUACACAUCUCCGGAUAAAUCUCUACAACUACAACAACAUGAGGAAGCAUACUAGGUACGCGAAUUCAUCCCUCCACCACGAUCAAGAUGAUCCCGACACUACCUCGGAAACUGCCGCAGGAUCCCCGCUCUCCGGCGACGAUACUUCCACCGUCCUGCCGCCCACAAAAAGAAACGGUGGCAAAAGAGUAGUUACAGUGGCAUUCGAUGCGGAUGUGUAUCCGCCGCCUGAUUCUUGGGCCUGGAGAAAGUAUGGUCAGAAACCAAUCAAAGGUUCGCCUUAUCCCAGGGGAUACUACAGGUGUAGCAGUUCAAAGGGUUGCCCAGCAAGGAAACAAGUGGAGAGGAGCCGUAAAGACCCCACCGUAGUCGUCAUCACCUACGUUUCCGAGCACAAUCACCUCAGGCGUGCCACCAAGAACUCUCAAAACACGGCAACCGUUCCAGCUGAAUCUCCACCGCGAGAAAUGGCAGUUUUGGCAGACCAGACGGACACUGAACCUGAAAACAUGGACUUCUCAGACUUCUUUGCAGAGUUUGGUUACUUCUCCCAUAUAACAUCAGUCAUACUAGAGAUCCCUGUAACAACAAGCUUCAGAUGCUUGGAACCAGAAGCCAAGCCGAUGUACACAAGAGAUGAGGAGGAUUCCUUGUUUGCGGACCUUGGUGAGCUACCAGGAUGCUCGUUAAUUUCCUAGCAGAAGAUUCGCUAUCAAUUUCACCAAUGUUCUUGUUCAGAUGUGCAUACAGUAUAUAUUCAUUAGAUACACCAUACAGGAUUUUAGUUGAAUGAAAUUUGAAUUUUACGCAAUAAUAUUUGGAGAUGCGAUCUCAAUAUUCUUGAUGCAAUAACAGCAAAUCAUCUAAAGAAGUAUAUACUUGUAUUUGAUGUA